GUUUCUAUAAAUCUGGGACUAGUUUAUAAAAUACAGCAGCACAAUGGUAUUAUCUUUCAGUUUAUAGCAUACAUCAAAAGAAGACAAAGAACUGUGCCUGAAAUUCUUGCUGCAGGGGGCAGAUAUGAUCAUCUGAUUCCACAAUUUAGAGGGCCGCAGACAGUAGGACCAGUUCCUUCAGCUGUUGGAGUCAGCAUAGCUAUAGAUAAAAUAACUGCUGCUGUUUCCAGUGUGGAGGAUUCUGUUUCUGUCAGCUCGUGUGACCUGCUGGUUGUAAGUGUUGGUCAGAUGUCAAUGGGUAGAGCUAUCAAUAUUGUUCAGAAACUCUGGACUGCAGGAAUUCCAGCUGAAAUAAUGUAUGACUGGUCCCAGUCCCAGGAAGAACUGCAGGAAUACUGCAGAUGCUCAGGGAUUACAUAUGUGGCUCUUGUGUCAGAUAAAGAAGGAAGUCAUGUGAAGGUGAAAUCCUUUGAGAAAGACAGACAGACGGAGAAAAGGAUUUUAGAAUCUGACUUAGUAGAUCACCUGAUCCAGAAACUGAAAACUAAAAUCUGUGACGAAAGAUGUAGUAGAGAAACCUCAGAUAAUCUUUUAGUACCAAAUCAAAAGGGAUCAUUUACUAAUACUUCAGGUGUAUUUGAAUCACAUGGAACUCUUGUAGUCCCUAAUGUUAGUGUUAUAGCUCCUGAAAAAUUAUCUGCCAGUGCCAGGCGUCGUCAAGAAAUUCAGGUGCAAACAAGACUUCAGACAUUCAUUUCUAGCCUGCAACAGAAAACAAGUGAGAUUGAGAUUUUAGCAGUAGAUCUGCCAAAAGCAACUGUGAUACACUUCUUAUCAUUGGAGUUUGAUGGAGAUAGACAAGCCUUCGAUGCUACUGUGAGACAACUGAUGUCACGAUGGCCAAAACAGAGAUGUUCAUACUUACAAGCGAUUUGUGAUGAAAUUUACAGUAUCAAAAUGGAAAAGAGGGUUCCUGCACUUAUCCUGUACAGUUACAGAGAGGAGUACAAGGUUUUGGUUUAGUGCUUAAAGCAUCUUUUAUGGGAUGCUUUUACUAACAGUGUUUUGUUAAAAGGAAUUUCAAAAAGCUGUAAUA